CUCAGCGGCGUCGACAUCAGUCGCGUCCUGUCUCGUCUCCCUGCUCGAGUUGUCUGCGAUCCGGCGCAAAUCUCGAGCAGUGGCCAGACAUGUCGAGGAGGGCUCCUCGGGGUAUUGCGCUGAAGCAUACCGACGGACAGCCCCUCACGCGACAGGACAUUCAGUACGAGCUCCUUGCCGCCAUCUUCGCCGACGAGAACAAGGCCUUCACGGAGCCCUUGUCUGGCGAGAAGAUGUCUUUUCGCGAUGUCUAUGUGUCUGCCAUCCGGAACUCGCCCAAGGCGAGCCCGGCGCUCAAGAACAAGAUGGCACAGUCACAGGACUACGCGACGGACUUUGGCAUGCUCGCAUUGUUGACCAAUGUUGGAAGACUUAGCGCGACUAUGGGCUUCUUCCCAGAGAUGAAGACCGCGGUGCGGACCUACCACCCAGUCCCCUCGCUCCAGCGCACGGGGGAUAACAAUAUGCUGGACAUGCCGCGCAUCAAGACGAUCAUCCGGGGCGCGCUUCUUGAGACGGAACGCAAUGGGAUUCCGAGCACGCUGGCCGAGAUUCUCAUACACGCUCGUGCGGGCCAUGUACCCUCGACAAGUAUCACGAAUCUCAUCUUCGUCCUAUCCCAUAACUCUGCUCAAGUCAGCGAUUUCUUCCCACCGGAUUUCGAGUUCCUUGACAUCUUCAUUCCGAGCGAGUACACGCCGCAGUCAAGAGCACGCGCAUUCCUCUGGAUAUGCUGCUUCUUGCUCGAAACGCCCCUCGAAGGCGACUCGGACUAUCAAGGACCCAGGAAUCCCUUUUCAGAGCCCACGCGGCCUGGGAAGGCGCCCCCUCUCGUUAGGAUGACCCCCGAAGAAGUCGGCCGCACAGACCAAGAUACGCAACGAGAGAAGGAUCUCGCCAACACACUCAUUCUGACACGCAACCGCUUCCUUCACAACCUGAAGGAGAAGAACAAGGGCGUCCUCAACUUUGCCGGGCCGUCGAGCCAAGCGCCUGAACAACACGAAGACAUGCCAAGCGAGACGCCUGGCGCCUCCACAUCAGCUGGCACAAGCGGCAAGAGAAAGGCCAGCGGCAGUGCCGCUAUCGAGAAGGAGACGAAGACAAGGAGAGUUGAAGGGAGACUUCGCGCAGACACUGUGACCCUCCCACCACGACCUCCCUCUGCUGGCCCCUCCACGCUCAUCCGACGGCGCUCUCCUUCUCGUCCACAAAGCCCAGCCGUCGGACGUCCCCCUCCGCGCUCCAUCAUGGACCUCAUCCACCACUCCCCACCGUCCUUACCGCCCCAACUUCUUGAACCACCCCAAUCUACUCGCGCUCGUUCGACCUCGCUCCCGCCUGAUGUUUCUCGCUUUCCACCUACACCCCCACCUAAUUUCGAUGUAUCAAUAACCGAGUAUAAUCUGCGCGCGCGGUCGCCCCUCGCGGAAGCGCCCAUAAUAGCCCUUGAUCCGCCGCCCCCAGACGGGCCCAUGCUGCGAUAUGCCUGGGAAGACAUCCACACCCGAGACUGCUUGCAGGAGUCCGAUGAUGCGCUCGACAACGAAGAAGCGCAGCAGGAAUACGGACGACGCCUGGACGUCGUCAAUCGUCUCCCAUACAUGGAACCCAGCGCAAGGCCCCAAUGGGACCCCGACCCACCGAUGCGACCCUCGCCCCGCCAUCUCUUCUCAUCUUCAUCUCGUCCACCCGAACACUCUUAGCUAUCCACCAAGCUCGGGCAUUCAAACAAACACACGAACGCUGUCAACUGUAUCAUAGCCUCGUCACAAUCCUUGCUAUAUCCUUAUUGUUGUUUAUAUACUUACGACCCCCCGCUUCCCUGCUUGCUUCCGUAUCGGUUACUGUAUCUACUUACGCUCUGUUACGGUUACUUCACGUGUACAUGUCGCCAGGUUGUACAAACGCUGUGCUCCUCUCAUUCCUUAGCUUACCCUUCACCCUUCGUCGGUAGUAUUGGGCUGCCGUCUUUAGUGAUCCUACUCUACUUCAUUUACUCUAUUCCCCUUACCAACGGACCUCAUAAUGGAUUGGAUACUCUGGCCACUGGGGGAAGGAAUCGACGUGAAAUUCGCUCGAUACUUCGCUUAGCUUCGAUGGAAAUUCACUAAGAAUUGAAUGGUUUUCACAC